AUGCAUUCGCGAAGUCUCUUUAUCGUUAUUGCCUUGUGGCUGAUUUUAAGCUGUUUUCUGUUGGACCACGCUGAAGGGUUCGUAUAUCGCCCAGGAAAGAAAAAACACCACCACAAAAGACGAGGCCGGAAAUAUAAUCUCAAAGUUGAAAAAGCCGUGAGGGAUUUCGCCUCUUUUCUGCGGGUAUGUAUUCAGACUAACUAAUAGCAUUUCUUCUUCUGGUAGUUUUGCUACUUACCAGGACUUACGCUUGACACCUAUUUCCAACACCACUGAAUCAACAUUUCGGCAGGUAAACUGAAUUAAUGUGUAAUUUAUAUGUUUCAGUCUAUACUGGUUUAAGUGAAAACAUGAGAGUCGACUCUUUAUUUAAGCGCUCUCAACGUUUAUCAUAAACUUUAUCCGUCACAAGUAUCCAUGUCGUUGGCAAGCCUUCAAGAGGUUAGCUGUCAACGAUCAGGCUUGUUUCAGUGUUAACGUUUCGUGUAUUUUGUUAUGUAUACACACACCCACACACACUUAUUUCGGCUUGGUUCCUUUUACUAACUUGUAAGAAUUACCUUCCAAAUUUGGAAAAUACUGUCUGAUGUCUGAUGCGCGGUUGUCAGUGACAGUCGGUUAGUUUAUAGUUUCGCAUUAACAGCUUUAAAUACCCAAGAGAACGUUUGGGAGAACAGAUCGAAGACUUUAUUAUAAUGGCAGAAGAGCUUUUAGGGAAGCUAUUCACCUAUUCUUUGCAUAAAGCCGCUCAAUGUCAAUACGAAGGAGGCUGCCUUUGGACUUCAAAAAGGAAAACCGGCUAAAAAAAAAAAUUAACUAAUUAUGGUAAAUCAACCCUCGAAUAUAAAUGCGACCGCUUUAAAUAUGGCCAUGGAAUUAUUAUCCAUGUUAACGCGCACAGAUUUCGAAUAGUGUUUUUAGAUUCUGAUCUUUCUUUCGAUGGCGGACUACUCAUAAUUUAUAAUGGUAGUAGGACUGAGUGUCUGUUGUCAUUCUAUAGCUAUCAUAGACACUGCAAACUCAGUGUGUAGGCCAGUUACGCGUGAUAAUCGAUUACGUAAUAUCAGCUUAGCUGCAAACAAAAGUCUGUUAUUAACAGUAUCCCGGUAAAAGCCGUAACAUAAUUUCAUGGUGGUUUGUUUGUUUCAUUGUGUUUUUCCUUAAUCGUAAUGCUAGUCUGCGAGCAAGCUCUCCGGGGCAAGGGGAGCUUGCAACUACACGUCUCUGGAAUAGGCCAUUUCCUUUUUCUCCUGGGUCUCUGUAUCAAAACGAAGUUAAGUGUUCAGCCUUUGAUAUGAAAUCUCAUGCAAAUAAAACUCAUUUUCACAAGAAAGGUUGUGCACUUGGGCUCAUUUUGAAAGUAAGGGUUUUUAGAACUCGGAAGUGGCCUAUUAGAAAAAGUCGAUGUGAAAUGCUGAUUGACGGAGAUAACAUAUUAAGUAAUGACGUCAUUACCCUUGACACGAGUUUUUCAAUGUUUGUUUAUAUUCGCGCUCCUUUCCGCUUCGCGCUGAUUGGCGGAAAUCUGACUGUUCAUUUGACGGAUGGCCACAGGGGAAUUGGAGGUGAAACUCAGGGCGCGAUCAAUUCAACCAAAAUUCCAACCGGUCCGACCGGGAAAAGUAGUCCACCUCAAAAGGUGGACCCGUUUUUUCGAAACUUUUCCGGUUGGACCGAACCGAUCCACUGAGUUUUGGACCGAAAUUUCCGGAAAUUUUGGUUGAAUGGAUCGCGGCCUCAAAUUCCAGAGAGGUAGUUGCAAGCUCCCCUUCCUUUUCCCGCCCCGCCGCCAGAGCUCCCCGGAGAGCUUGCUCGCAGGGUAUCUUAAUGUAAGGCGAUUUCUUUGUUCUCAGUGUUUCUAGUCUCCCAUUCGAGGUGCUAGUGAAUUGAUUUCGUUCACUCCACGUAUAAUUUGCGCGUAAACAAGAGAAGCAUAUUGCAUGGGUUGAUAUCCUUCGUUCUUUAAGCCAAGGACAUGAGUCUAUUUACGCCUAUUUUCAAUCUCGAGAAACGAAAUCAUUCCAAUAAGUACGUCACAAAACUAAGAGUUGAAAAUCGCACUUUGUCUUCCUCUAAUGAAAUCUUAAAUGAAGAGCACAGAUACUAUAAAAGACUCUACACUUCUCGUACAGACCCAAAUGAUCCUCGCUUUGGCGUGUUUUUCGACAGUUCAACCCUUCCAAAACUGUCUCCACAUCAAGCUGACAGCUGCGACGGUCUUUUAACAAAAGAAGAAUGUAUGCCUCACUUAAAAGUUUUUCGAAAGGCAAGUCUCCUGGUACGGAUGGCUUAACUGCGGAAUUUUAUCUUUCCUUUUGGGAGUUAUUAGGGCAAGAAUUAGUUGAGAGCUUUAAUUAUGCUUUUGAGAAGGGAGAAAUUUUAAUUUCUCAAAAGAAAGAUAUCAUCACUCUAAUUCCAAAGAAGGACAAAAACAGGACCCUUUUGGAUAAUUGGAGGCCUAUCUCGCUUCUGAAUACAGACUAUAAAGUUGCCAUUAAGUCAAUCUCAGCUAGAAUUGCGAAAGUGCUACCCAGCCCAAAAUUACUGACAGUGACCUGCAAUGUGUGUGAAUUGAAGAAGACCGUACGCGCAUAGAGCAUCUGUAUGUAGAAUGCCAGCACGUCCACUCCUUCUGGAACCUUUUUGUCUCUUGGUGAAACAAUAAUAACUCGCCCUUAGUAUCCUUGACCAAUAACAAUAAGAUUUACGGAUAUCACGGCCGCCAAAAGCAAAUCAUGCAAGAAAAUAUUACCGACAGUUAUGAUCAAUGCAGUAAUUUUGGCGCAACUUGUUUUACAGCUCUGAUGAGCUAGCGGUUAAUAAUGCAUAAGAGUUUCAAAAAAUUAACGAGCACAUUUAACUAACAGAGAGGGAAUUGUUGUAAUUGCGUUUUAGUAACUUAACUUGUUUUCGUAUGGGCGCUUCCCUCUCAGGUUUGCCUAAAUCUGCCUUAAUUUAAUCAGCAAAGCUUACUCUAAAUGUCAAAAGUUGAGUAGACUUGUAACUUGUUUUUGCAAGUUUCAAGUCGGUUAACGGAAUGUAUUUAAUAGAAGCUCCGCUUUUAGCUUUGGAUAAAAAUUUACCCCCUAAAUCUACACUAACCUUAAAAGUACCUUAAACUCUUAUGUAUUAGUUAAUUUCUUUAUCUUAAUUAUUAAUUAAUCAAUAUUUAUCCAUUCGUUUAUUAGGCUGCACUGAAGGCCCCAGCAAACAAGAAAGAAACAGAAACGACCUUGGGCUCCAAGCCGGUCAAGUUGAAGCGACCCUAUCUCCUAACUGAGAGCUAG